CCCGGAAGUGAUGUAAGGGGGCGGGGCUACGCCAUGGCCCGGGAGGCGGCUGCGCGGCCGCCGGAGGAGACCCUGGCCCUCUGGAAACGGGAGCAAGCCCUGCUGAAGGCCCGCGUCGUGGACCGGGACACGGAGGCGUGGCAGCGGGAUCCCGCCUUCUCCGGGCUGCACCGGGUCGGGGGCGUGGAUGUGUCGUACGUGAAGGGCGACAGUGUCCGAGCCUGCGCCUCCCUGGUGGUGCUCAGCUACCCUGAGCUGGAGGUGGUGUACGAGGACUGCCGCAUGGUCAGCCUGACGGCCCCCUACCUGCCGGGCUUCCUGGCCUUCCGAGAGGUGCCCUUCCUGGUGGACGCCGUGCGGCGGCUGCGGGAGCAAGAGCCCGGCCUCCUGCCCCAGGUCCUCCUCGUGGAUGGAAAUGGGGUGCUCCACCCCCGAGGCUUCGGGGUUGCCUGCCACCUCGGUGUCCUUGCAGACCUGCCCUGCGUCGGGGUGGCCAAGAAGCUGCUCCAGGUGGACGGGCUGGAGAAUGACGCCCUGCACCGGGGCAAGGUUCGCCUCCUGCGGGCUGGGGGAGACUCGUUUCCUCUGACGGGAGACUCCGGGGCCGUCCUGGGCGCGGCCCUGAGGAGCCACGAGGGCAGCACCAAGCCCCUGUACGUCUCCGUGGGCCACAGGGUGAGCCUGGAGGUGGCCGUGCGCCUGACCCGCAGCUGCUGCAGGUUCCGUGUCCCGGAGCCCGUGCGCCAGGCCGACAUCCGCUCCCGGGACCACCUCCGCAGGAGCCUGGGAGGCCCCGGGCCCCGGCAGGAGAGCAGGAACCAGGAAGCACAGAGGCCAAAGGUGGGCCCCGAGCAAGACCCCGAAGAGCCCCCUGGUGAGGGCAGGCCCCCCGAGGCCCGCAGUCCGGGCCCCAGGACACACGCAGAAGCCCCCAGCCCAGGCGCCCAGGAGCAGUAGGGCCAGGGCUGGGGCCGAGCGGCGCUGGAGGCCCUGACGGCGCAGGCCGCCGGCCACCUGCUCUGGCCUCAGAACAGUUGCUGGCCCUGGGGCUCCUCCGUGGGGACGGCCCCGCAGCCACAGGUGGGGCGCUGGGACUCUGAGGCCCCAGAAGGCUGCGCACUGCCUCCUGCUCCAGGGCAGGGGGCGGGCGGGCGCUGCACACCCCCGACCCGGAAACCCCUGCACGGCCGUCCUGGCAGCUGCCCGGAGGGAUUCGGUGGAGGGGCAUUUGCUCUUCUGAAAGCGGCAGCGCUUGGCGCGGACACCCACGGCUCUGCCCCACCUCCCUCCUCGACUGUGCCUCUGAAUGUUUCUGAUUUUGCUUUUUUUUUUUGUCUUUAAACCAAGUCCUGCCCUGUGGCCACACUGAGCUGCUGCAGCCGGGACCUGGGAGGGUCCGGGUUGCGGCGGCCACUGUCGGGCCGGGCCCUCGGCUGCCCUGCCUGCCUUCCGGCUGCCGGGAGGACGGAGCACAUCUCGGCCUGGAGAGGGCUGGGGGACACGCGGGGGCGGUCCGGUCGGCCGCCCACCACGGCCGACACCAGUGCCCAACGCACAAAUCUUAGAGUGCCCUUGGUUAAGUGUAUUUGUACACGUUGUAUCCCCUUCCGUGCUAUCAUAAAUGGAAAUUGUGUUACUAAUUGA